AUGAGUGUCCGAGUUGUCGCGCGCAUUCGUCCCCUUUUGAAAUCCGAACGAGAGGCCGAUGUGAUCCUUCGCACAGGGUCUGCAGCCGACUCCAAAUCUCGCCAAUCUUCAAUUGGCGACAAGAGCGACAAGAAAUUGGCGGCAUUGAGGGACAGGGAUAACGUGGUGCGGAUUCCAAACCCCAAGAAUGAGGGGGAGGAGUAUGCUUUCCAGUUCAAUGGCGUGUACGACGCAACGGUUUCGCAGCAGGAGCUGUUCGAUGCUGAGGUCGCGCCAACGAUCAAGCACCUGCUCAACGGAUUUGACGUAACCCUCUUUGCGUACGGCGUCACCGGAACAGGAAAAACACACACCAUGCGCGGCGGCAAAACCCUGGCGGACCGGGGGGUGAUUCCCCGACUACUCAGCGGUAUCUACAGACGCAGCAAGAAGAUUGAGAAAGAUACCGAAGGGAAUACUACCGUCAAGGUUGCUCUGAGCUACUACGAGAUUUAUAACGACAAGGUUUACGACUUGUUCGAGCCGCCAGAGAAGCGCACGUUGGCGGGCCUCCCCCUCCGGGAUAAUGGUGGAAAAACCGUGGUUUGUGGCCUCAGCGAGAAGCCAUGUACUACUCUGAAGGAGUUUGAGCAGCUGUAUGACCAGGCCAACACCAAUCGGUCUACUUCCGCAACAAAGCUCAACGCUCAUUCAUCUCGAUCACAUGCCAUUCUUGGCGUAAAGGUCACCGUUACGACCCCUGACAAGAUUCGCGUCAGUACUGUUUCCGCUAUUGAUCUUGCAGGAUCCGAAGACAAUCGACGGACGGAGAAUGAUAAGGAACGUAUGGUCGAAUCGGCAAGCAUCAACAAGAGUCUGUUCGUUCUGGCGCAGUGUGUUGAGGCUAUCAACAAGAAGCAGCACCGCAUUCCGUACCGCGAGUCCAAGAUGACAAGGAUCUUGUCCCUUGGACAGAACAAUGGCUUGACAGUGAUGAUUCUCAACCUUGCCCCUGUGCGGUCUUAUCAACUGGACACGAUUAGCUCUCUGAACGUCGCCAAUCGCACACGGAAGAUUGAGGUCCGCGAAGUAGAGAAUGAUCCGAUGUUCAAGGGGCCGGCGCGGCCAUCAAUCCGGCCAUCUCUGGCAGGCACGCGACAACCUUUGCGUGCAUUGACAGCUUCUGUGAAUGUGAACAUGCCGGCACCUAUAAAGGAUGCCGCAGCCAGAGAUGAUGACAAACCCGUGAAGGCGUUCAGCGUAUAUUCUGACAAGCCGCAGGCCAAGCUUGUUAGUCAGAUCCGGAAACCGGAGGCGCCGAAACGUACCUCUCUGUCCAACGCUCCGUCCGGCCUUCCAUCACUAAAGCCCGCUCGCCAGCCGCUGAGUGCACAAUCUGCCGCGCAAUAUGAUGACCUAUCAGCUGCCAGGAUUGAGGAGAUGGUCGAGAAGAAGGUGGAGGAGAUGUUGGCUAUGCGAGCUGUGAGUGAGCAAUCCAAGCAGACGCAAGUCCGUGAACUCAACGAACAGCUCCAAAGGCGAUUGGAACAAUUGGAGCAGCGCAUUGAGGGCACAGAGGAUGCGCGGGCUGAGGGUCUAUCAUACCUGCUAAUGGCCAAGCAACACCAGGCCCGUGGUGAAGACGGGUCGGCGCUCCGGAUGUACCAACUGGCAGCUCCUCACUUCCCCCAUAAUCAGAAGCUGGCAGGCAAGAUUGCUACCCUAAAGGAGCGGGUACACGCAAAGGCUUGGGAGCAGAAAGCGCCAUCACCGCCUAAGGGGAAGACGGGCAGCAUGCUCUCCCUCAAGAAGGAUUCUACACAGACCCUCGGCAAGCGCCAAGCAAACAGUCGUGACGAUGACCACAUGGACUUAACCUACAAUGGCUUCUCUAGUGAUGAGGAUGUCCCUCGUCCACAACACAAGAAGCGUGCUUUGGCCAAGCUCGCCCAGAUUGAGGAAGAUCCAGAGCUUCUUGACAGUUCUCCCCGGACUAUGCAUUUGCUGUCGAUCAUCAACUCGCGUGACGUCAGCCAGAUCAAAAUGCUGAAGGGAGUCGGCGCAAAGAAAGCAGAGGCCCUUGUCGAUUGCCUCUGCGAAAUGGACCAGACAUCAAUGGAUGCCGACGAUGCAUACCGGUUCGAGGUCCGCAGCCUGGCAGAGCUGAGCCAGCUAAAGGGGGUCGGGGUGAAGACGGUUGAGAACAUGAGACAAGGCGUAUUGGCUUGA